UACUUAUUAAACGUCUAGUGAAAAUGAUGUUGCUAAUGCAUAUUCGUUCAAUAGCAUGUAAGUAAUAUUUAACAAUUGUCUGAUGGACUUUGUAUACGAGACUAACCUAGCCAUUCGAUUUCAAAUUAAGAUCGUAAGUCCUAAUUCAAUAGAGCUUUUAUACAACAAAUAACGAGUUCUCCGCAUAGGCAUUCAAUGACACCUGGAACCAUAUGGAAGACAAAUCCAUUGCUCUUGAAGUCCUAAGGCAUCACGAAGUCGAGAUCACGGACAGCAUGUCUAUGUCCCAGGAAAAGAUAAAGCUUUGCGAAGAAUGUAAAAAGCUUGAGUAUUGGAGCGAUAAGCCUCUGAUUAGUGAGAAUCUCGCGACUAUGAGAUCCAAGGUUCAGCAAUGUGCACUGCAUAGAAUUGUUUGCCGCGCUUUCCGACCACAUGCCUAUAAUGACCUAGACAUCAUAGAGAUUCGGAGAUGUGACUCCUGGCUCGUCACGGGGACAAUGAAAAUGCCUUUGCUGUCGCUCUUCAAGAUAUCAGAUGACUCAAAAAGGAACAGGCUGUGCUCUGAUGAGAUUCACCUUGGACUGCCCAAGCUUUUUAGACCCAGUACGUCCCCGUUCUACGACCUGCUUAUGACUUGGAUUCAAGAUUGUGACUCGAACCACCCCCAAUGUCGUCCCGCAAACAGGUCAAGCGUCCAAGUUCCAACUCGCCUAAUCGACGUUGGCCGGGUUGUUUGUGACAACUCAAAGGUUUACCUCCGUGAAGCAGCGAGUGAGACAUGUCACCCAGGAAAUGAACUGCGAUACAUUGCACUGUCACAUCCUUGGGGCAAUGGGACACAUCACGACCAUUUCUGCACCACAACAGAAAACCUUGACAGACGACUUAGUGUCGGGCUUGAAGUUGGGCACUUUCCGAGCACAUUCAGACAUGCAAUCGAGGUGACUCGGGCACUUGGUGUCCCGUACCUCUGGAUCGAUUCGCUAUGCAUCGUGCAAGGACCAGACGGAGAUUUUGACACGGAAGCCAAAAGGAUGGAGACUGUCUUCAGUUCGGCAUACUGCGUCAUUGCCGCCAGUCGUGCUAACGGAACGUCGAGUGGCUUUUUGUGGGAAAGACCUGAGCGCGAAGCGGUGAGGCUAGAUGGAUAUCUUGCCAAUGACUCAGUUUAUGUUUGUGAAGCCAUUGAUGACUUUCAGCACGAUGUGAUAGAAGGAGCCUUGAACAAACGUGGAUGGGUUCUACAAGAGCGUGCUCUUGCGCCAAGAACUAUAUACUUCACAGAGAAUCAGACAUAUUGGGAGUGUGGGCAGGGGGUGCGCUGCGAAACCUUAACGAAGUUGACCAAUAGCAAGGCAUCAUUCCUUGGCGACUCCAACUUUCCCAAGCGAGCAAUGAGGUCGACAAGAGGAGCAAAGAUCCGAUUUUAUGAAUCACUGUACAAACAAUACUCGAAUCUCGAUUUUACGAAGAUACAUGAUCGACCCAUAGCGAUAGCUGGGCUGGAACAACGGCUGGUCAGUGCUUUCAAGACCGAAGGAGGAUACGGGGUAUUCAACGGAGAAUUCUUCGGCCGUAGUCUUUUAUGGAUGAGGGAUACACAGCAAAGUAAUGGCCUGACACUGAUUGAGUUCCCUCGAGACCAGAAGUUCAGAGUGCCAACAUGGUCGUGGACAGCGUAUAAAGGACCAAUCACAUACGUUGACAUCCCUUUUGGUCAUGUUCGAUGGACAUACGAGGCUGCCGAAGGAAGGAUCCAAUCGCCUUGGACGGCUCGAGACUCAGAUUCUACUUCAGGAUCCUUGCAUACAGGGGAACUCAAUGGAAGGAUUGACCUUACUGCGCAGGCAAGGGAGAUUUCAAACUUGGGAUUAGCUGAGGCGCAGGGAAAGGUCAUCUACGACGAGGGCACGUCGCCAACAAACGUACAUACACUAUGUGUCAUUGUUGGGAGUGAAAACCCAAAGAUUGAAGGACAUGGAAUACAAGACCUAGAGCAUUAUGUUUUACUGGUUACACCAUCUAACAAUCUCGGCGACGGUGUUUACCGAAGGGUUGGCGUUGGAAUGUUAUUGGAAAGUUGGGUUGACAUGAGUAAGCCUGGGUUGAGAGUACAUAUAUCAUAGUAAGUCUUAGUAGUAAAUAGUUUCUAAGGGAAGUCGUGGCUUAAAUAUUAAGUCUUGCGGA